AUGCAAAUUCUCUUCUUCCCUUUUCUUCUUCUCUCAGCGGUUUUCACUCAACAGGUGCAAUCCGUUGUGAAGCCAGGCUCUUUCUUGACACCAACCACCAACUCUUCUUGGCCAUCACCUUCCGGUCUAUAUGCCUUUGGAUUCUACAAGCAAGGCAGCGGUUAUGCUGUCGGCAUUUUUCUUGCCGGAAUUUCACAGAAGACAGUAGUUUGGACAGCCGACCGGGACAAACCUCCGGUUCCCGCUGAUUUUAAACUGAAUUUCACACGUGAUGGAAAACUGGUUCUCCAAUCGGCACAAGGCGUGGAUCAGACACGCCUCGCCAGUUUUCCGGGAGGUGCAAGCUCCGCGUCGAUGCUUGACACGGGAAAUUUUGUUCUCCUUAAUUCUACUAAUCAGACGGUGUGGCAGAGUUUCGAUUAUCCAACGGACACCUUUUUGCCAACUCAGAAUCUUUCCCACGGACAGGUGUUGUAUUCCAGUCUUUCAGACACUAACAAGUCAACCGGCUUAUUUCGUCUGUUGAUGCAAGAAGAUGGGUGGCUCUCGCUGUACCCAGCUGGAACUCCAUACGCGCCGCUUGAAUAUGGUUAUUGGGGAGCUGGUUUGAGCGGACAAAAAAAAAACGACGUCGUACUGCAACUUGAAGACGAUGGUCAUCUCUAUUUGCUCAAUGGCGCUCACGCCAUUAUAGCGAAUAUGACAUCAGCAGGAAAUCCUAUAAAAGGUGUGGUCUACCGAUUGACAAUUGACCCCGAUGGGAUGCUGCGGCUAUACUCGUACGACACGAACCAGAACGGAAAUUGGACAGUCACGUGGUCCGCUCCAGACAACAAAUGUUACCCGAAGGGUCUAUGUGGGUUUAACGGGUAUUGUGCUUUAAACGAUCUGGAAGUUAUUUGCAAAUGUCUUCCUGAAUUUGAAUCGGUCAACGUGGAGGAUAGGAGUUCAGGCUGUCAAAGGAAUUUCACAGCAGAAAGUUGCGAAAGCGACAGAUAUACCAUGGAACCAGUGCUUAAUACUGUAUGGGAAAAUGAUAAUUAUUCUAUUAUCAUAUCGACGACCCAAGACAAUUGCGGAGAAGCAUGUUUGCAGGACUGCAACUGUGAAGCUGCUCUGUUCAAAGACGGGGUGUGCACAAAACAGAGGCUUCCGUUGCGAUUCGGGAGAAGAGAUCAAAGCGACACAACCGUAACCCUCAUCAAGGUUGGUACAUCUACAACCAUUGUAGAUAGAAAUCUGCCAAAAGAAACCAAGAAAGAGCUUCGACUCGACAUCCUAAUUGUCAGUGUUUCAUUACUUGCUUUUGCAUUAGUUGUCUUGGUGAUUUCUGGAAUUGCAGUUUACAGAAAUCGUGUUUGGUCAUAUAAAGUGAUAGCUAAUCAUGGAAACACUGUCUUGGGUGAGGAUGUUGCCCCAAAAUCUUUUACUUACGCACAACUAGAGAAAGUGACGGGUGGUUUCAAGGAAGAGCUUGGCAGAGGAGCUUUUGGGACAGUAUAUAAAGGAGCAAUAUGUGUUGGGUUUUGA